UUCUUUAACUAUAAAUAAAUAAAACGUUGUCUGGUGCCAGUCCUCUUUAAUGUUUCUAAAGGAAAUUUCAGGUUAGCCAAGGGUGACGUACCCAAACCAGAAGCUGACAGACAACAGAAAGCCAAAAUGCCGAGUUUGGAUUCCAGUGAUCUAGAGGAUCUCUUUGUAAAUUUCACCUUUAAUAACACAUAUUUUGAUUUCGAUCCAAGCACCUCUCCCUGCCUUGAUUUAGUUAUUGGCAUCAACAGUAAGGUUCUGGUGAGUCUCUACUCACUAGUGUUCAUCUUGAGUCUAGUAGGGAACACCAUUGUGGUGCUGGUGGUUAGAUACAGGCAGCAGACAAUAUCCCCUACUGACGUGUACCUGGUAAACUUGGCUUUUGCUGACCUUAUUCUUGCCCUCACAGUGCCCUUCUGGGCAGUCUAUGGUAGCUCUGAAUGGAUUUUCAGUGACUCAGUGAGCCAGACACUGCAGCAGUUGAACUUCUACAGUGGAAUCCUGCUGUUAGUGUGUAUCCGUGUGGACACCAUUACCCUGAUGAACUAUAGAGUCGUAUGUGCAUUGGUCUGGCUGGUGGCAAUCUACCUUUCCCUGUCCAACCUGCUCUAUCAGAAGGUUUUCCCUAUGUCACUAGGUGACAUUCUGUAUUGCCCUGAGAAUGUAGGACAUGAAGACAUAGAGAUGUGGCAAGUUCCCGUCUGCAUCUUUAGGCCUGCAGUUAAUUUUUUUGUGCCUCUGGUAAUUUUAUUCUUUGACCUAUUUUUAAACAAUUGCUUCAGGAAGCAAGCCCAAACAUCCCAGGCUGAAAACAACCAGAAAAAACAUCUCAUCUUCGCAGUGCUGUUGGUAUUCAUAAUCGCUUGGUGUCCAUACAACUUGGUCAACUUGGUCGACACCUUAAUGAUGUUGCACAUUAUCAAUGAGACGUGCAGUGUUCGGGUUCACAUCGAUGCUGCCCUGCUGAUUACCGGGAUCCUGUGCUUUCUACACUGCUGCAUCAACCCCAUUUUGUACACCAUAAUCUGGAAGAAGUUCAGACAGGAUCUCUUUAGGAUUCUUAUGAGAACAGGGUUCAGAAGGGAACAAGUUUCUGAGAGCUUUUCACUGGGAGACAUUUCUCCAACUCGCAACUAAUGAAGGUGUGAGCAAGCUAUUUGCUUUUAAAAAUGUUGGCAUACUUAGAAACACCUGUGUAUUGCAGGUGGGCUGUUUCAUAUUUUCAGGUCAAGGAAACUCUUGGGACAGCAUGGGUUACCUGUGCUGCAGGAUUACAAGCAUGCAGUGUUGCAAUUCAGACUGUACAAUCAGCUCUAACUGUAAAUUUGACUUUCUAAGAUCACCCCAUUCACCUGGAUAACUUGCACUUUCCCUUUGAGGUCCACUAUAUAUACUUUCAAAUGUACCUCAGUGAUGCUACUUUCUUCAUUCUGAAUGCUAGAGGCUAAAACAAAUAUAGUGGUUCUUGAGAAGCUUUGCAAGGCCAAUACAAUUAGUAUGUAUGACACACUUUACAUUUUUCCAUAUAUUAUCUGGAAAAAACACUUAUCCAAUUGCAAUGAAACUUAGUGCUGUAUUAACAUUAUUUAGCAAAAGUUGCUGUGAGUUUCAGAUUGAGGGCAUAACCGUAUUUGCUCAUCUAAGGACAUGUAGGUCUUAAAUACCACUUAUUCAAUUUCUGUGAAAUCUGUGUUAAUUAGUAUAUAUGGCUGUCCCACACCGUACGUGAUACGACAAGCGAAUAUGUGCACACCCCAGGCAACACGAUCAUCCUAUUUUUUGUGCAUAUGUCACAGGACAGACAGUGAUUGAGCAAUCGCAGUUCUCAAUCCAAGCAUAUGCUUUACCAGGAAAUAAUACAAUGAAUAAUUGCAUUUAAAAUUGUAUGUAUUUUUGAAUAUGAAAGUAUGUGUUUAGUAAACUAACCUUUUACUCCACAUGUAACUAAUUAGUUUUAUGUUAAAUACAGGUAGCUGCUGUGAACGAACAGUAAUGAACCACAGAUGGAGUUAAAUUUAAAAAAAGCAAAAGAAAAAAUGCACCUUACACUGACUGAAAAUAUUUACAUGGAAGUGUAGCAGUUAAACCUCCAGUACACAUUUGUAAAAUUGUUUUGCAAAG